CGGAGUGCCUACUGUUGGCUGCGCCUGUGCUUUUUAGAAAGCACUGACCUAGGUAUUCCAGAUGCUCUUACACAGGCAAAUGCAGAUGAGCCAGCUUGCCCAAGGCCUUGACAGCUAGGUAAUGACACAUUAGAGCUUACAUUCGAACCCACGACUCCCUGACUUACAACCCCCUGAUCUGAGUCACUAUGGGUCACUGCCCCCCCGAGAGCAGAGAAGGGAGUGGUCCCCAAGCAUCCACCGGCAACGCAACAAUUCCAGCCCCUGUCCUCGACAUCCUCCGCCGGCGCAGACGGUUCGCCCCACCGCCCGGGAAGGAGCCCAGCACAGUUAGACCGUCCGCGAGCCUGCGGUAACCCGAGGCUCAACAUCGAGGCGCAGAACCGGAGGUCAAGCCUAAGCGCCGAGACAACCCUAGCGUCCCGCCGGCCGGCCUACCUCCCCAGCCCGAGCGGAAACCCGCACACGCGCGAGGAUAGCGCGGAAGCGGCGCAGAGCUGGAUCUGAGAGCGGCGGGGGCCGGCGGGGGCCUGCGGGGGCCUGCCACACCUCGCCCGCCCGGCUGCCCGCAGAGUUGGCGACCAUCAAUGCUGCUGGGGGCCUUCCGGGGACGGGCUGUCCUGGGCCUGCGCGGCGGGGCUGGGCCGUGCGGGGCAGCCGGGCCGGCGGCUGGGAGCUGGCCGCAUGGCCCCCGGCUUGGGACCGGCCCCGCGGACAGGUGGCCGGGGUGGCGGGCAGGCAGCGCGCCGGGCAGCCCUCGGCCGGCGGCCAUGGCGGCGGCGCUGGGAGCGCGCGGGGCGACGCGGCUCUUGUUGGCGGCACUGCGAGGCCGGAGCCCGAGCCUCGCGGCCAUGUCAGCAGACGCUCACCGGUUGACAGCAGAGGAGAGGACCCAAGUUAUACUUGAUCUUAAAGCAGCAGGAUGGUCGGAAUUAAGUGAGAGAGACGCCAUCUACAAAGAGUUUUCCUUCAAAAAUUUUAAUCAGGCGUUUGGCUUUAUGUCCCGAGUUGCUCUACAAGCAGAGAAGAUGAAUCAUCACCCAGAAUGGUUCAAUGUGUACAACAAGGUCCAGAUAACUCUCACCUCGCAUGACUGUGGUGGACUGACCAAAAGAGAUGUGAAACUGGCCAAGUUUAUUGAAAAAGCAGCUGCUUCUGUGUGAUUUCUUUCAGAAUGCGUAUAAAUCUUAUACACAUCUUAGCUGCAAUGUAUUUUGAUGGCAAUUUACAUGAACAAAUUAAGUUGUAAAUUUAGUUCACCUUUUAAACUAUCACAUUUUAUAAAAUCAGUGCUUAAAUACAGAAUAAUUUAAACUGGA